UAGCUUGAUGCACCCAACGCCAUUUCACAGUUCUGUCACAGACUCAUAAAGAAAAAGAUAGAAAUCCACACAUAAACUAAACCCACCACCAAAUUAAAUGACUCAUUCACUUUUCCCCAUUCAUCUUCUUAUCCCUCUCAUUAUUAUAAUAUCAACCACCUUCACCAUUCCAUCUCCAGCUAUAGCCGCUGGUGGACAAUGGCAGCUCUUACAAAACAACAUUGGCAUUGUAGCCAUGCAUAUGCAAUUACUACACAACGACCGUGUCAUCAUUUUUGACCGUACAGAUUUUGGCUUCUCAAACUUAUCUUUACCCAACGGUAGAUGCCGUGUUAACCCACAAGAGCAAGCUGUGAAAAAUGAUUGCACUGCUCACUCCCUUGAAUAUGACGUCUUUUCUAAUACAUUCCGACCACUCUUCAUCCAAACCAACAUCUGGUGUUCCUCCGGUUCCGUCAAUCCCAACGGAACUCUUAUCCAAACCGGUGGUUUCAACGAUGGAGACCGUAGCGUUAGAACCUUCAAUCCAUGUCCAAAUUGUGAUUGGCAAGAAUUCAACGCCAGCCUCUCAGCCAGAAGAUGGUAUGCGACCAAUCACAAGCUACCAGAUGGAAGACAAAUUAUCAUUGGAGGAAGAAGACAAUUCAACUAUGAGUUUUAUCCAAAGAAAGAUGCUACAGCAAAGAACACAUACAGUUUACCAUUUCUUGUACAAACAAAUGAUGCAAGCGCUGAGAACAAUCUUUACCCGUUUGUUUUUCUCAAUGUAGAUGGAAAUCUUUUCAUCUUUGCAAAUAACCGUGCUAUUUUGUUUGAUUAUAACAGCAACAAGGUUGUUAAAACGUACCCUACAAUACCAGGUGGAGAUCCUAGAAGUUAUCCUAGUUCAGGUUCUGCGGCUUUGCUUCCUCUAAGAAACUUACAAAACCCUUUAGUUGAAGCUGAGGUAAUGAUUUGUGGUGGAGCUCCAAAAGGUUCUUAUGAAAAAACAUUACAAGGUAGUUUUAUCGGAGCUUUGAAUACAUGUGGUCGGCUAAAAAUAACCGACCCGAAUCCGAGUUGGGUUAUGGAAACUAUGCCAGGUGGAAGAGUUAUGAGUGACAUGAUUUUACUUCCUAACGGCGACGUUUUGUUGAUUAAUGGUGCAGCUGUGGGGUCUGCUGGUUGGGAAUCGGGUCGUAAUCCGGUUUUGAAUCCGUUUCUUUAUAAACCAAAUAGUUUAGUUGGGUCAAGAUUUCAGUUACAAAAACCUUCUGAUAUUCCACGAAUGUACCAUUCAACUGCUGUUUUGCUACGAGACGGUAGGGUUCUUGUUGCCGGUAGCAACCCUCAUGUAAAUUACAAUUUUACUCGUUUGUUUCCAACUGAACUUCGGUUAGAAGCGUUUUCACCUUCGUAUUUAGAGUUGGGAUUCAAUGAUGUGCGUCCUAUAAUGGUGUUUCCUGCACCCCAAUCACAAACGAAAUUGAAAUACGCUCAAAAAUUGAAGGUUCGGUUUCAAGUGAAGGCAACAUUGAUGAAAAACAUGGUGUCAGUGACAAUGUAUGCACCGUCUUUUAACACGCAUUCUUUCUCAAUGAAUCAAAGGUUGUUGGUGCUUGAUGAAUUGAGUAGUAGUAAAAAUGUUGUUGGAGAAUCGACAUCAACAUACCAAGUUGAAGUGGCAAUACCAAAUUCACCCAUUCUUGCACCUCCGGGAUAUUAUUUACUAUUUGUGGUCCAUCAAGAAGUUCCAAGUCAGGGUGUUUGGGUCCAACUACUCUAAUUUUCAACUACAUUAUGUAUUAUUAUAGUUUAUAUCCUUGUUCUUCUUUCUCUAAAAUAUUUAUUGGUGUAAUUUAAAUGUAAGUGAACAUAUUUCUAUUGUAGAUGAGCAUUGAAUUCAGUUGGAAAAAUAAAAUUCAGAAAGUAAUGUAUAGGAGGGUUUGUAAUUUUACACGAAGAGAGGGGUUGGUCAUUAUUGAUUACCGCUAUGGUACUUUUUUUUAAUAAAACAAACUACCUCCGUCCCAAAUUGUAUGUCA